AAGACAUUCUCAAGGUAGAUCCUAAGUUCUGGUGCAGAGCUUUCUUUAAUAGAAGCAUUAAGUGUGAGACUGUUGAUAAUAAUUUAUGUGAAGCCUUUAAUGGAGUUAUAGUUCCAGCUAGAUCUCUAUUAGGUUAUUCCCAGUUGGAGUAUAUGAGGAAAUUGGUCAUGCAAAGACUGAACAAGAAUAGAGAAUUAGGACAUAAGUGGAUUGGGCAGUUAGGGCCUAGAAUUAGAAGGAUGAUAAAUAAAACAAUACAAGCAAGCAACUAUUGGAGGGUGCAAUUUAAUGGAGCAGAUGACUAUGAAGUGUCAUGUGGGUCUGACACUUAUCUUGUGGACUUGGACAAUAGGAGUUGUCUAUGUGAGCAGUGGGAUGUUUCUGGGAUCCCCUGUAAACAUGCAAUUUGUGCCAUUAGGGAUAGAGGUCAUCCAAUUAAGGAAUAUGUCUCUCUAUGGUACAAGAAGGAAAUGUAUACUCAUACUUAUUCUGAGAUGAUGACACCCAUAGCUGGUCCUUUAUUCUGGCCAAAGACUGACUUGAAAGUGUUACCUGCUGAGUUGAAAACAAAAGAGAUGGGAAGGCCUAGGAAAAAUAGAAUAAAAGAAAUUGGAGAGUUUCCUUCUAGUGGAAAGUUGCCAAAGAGAGGCACAACCAUGACCUGUCAGCUAUGCUUCAAAAAAGGGUGUCCUUCAAAAGAGGUGAUUAUGCAAGGCUCAACUACUUUCCCAAGUGAAAUUCAAGGUGACAGUGGUAACACUGGUGUGAUGGAUCAGACCCCUCCUGAUGUGCAACCUGGGAGUUCCAACCCACCAAAAAGAACAUGUGGAAACUGCUCCCAACCUGGGCACACUAAGAACAGGUGUCCUAACAAGAAUAUCUCAAUUCAGGAAAGUAACACUGCAUCUAUGACUGCACAAGAAGAAAAUG